UAGAGAUCUCAUAUUGGCACCCGAAGCAGCUGGCGGGCUGUCUCCUUUAAUUUUAGCGCACACUGAUGGGGAAGAAAGAUUUAAUGGUCAUUGGUCAGCAUACCCUCUUCUGAGGGCAUAAAGGAGCGAGAGCAGAGAGGGAGGGGAGCAGAGGGACAGGACACUGAGGAGAGAGACGGGCAGUGUGAGAGGGCUGCUGUGGAUCAGAAAUAAAGUCAGCCUACUAUCUGGAGCAGCAUGACUCUUUUAACACUUGGACUGUAUCUGCCACUGUGGUUCUGUUACGGCCUGGCUCAGUCCUCUUAUCUGGAUAGCAUUAUUUCAUUCCCAGCAGCUCUCAGUUCCCAGGAGCAGCAGAGGAGAUUCAACCCAUGCUGUUUAGUGGGUCCACCUCCACCCCCACUGUUUCCUCCACCCCCUUCACUUUGGCGCCGCCACACUCAUAAUGAAGGCGUUUCAUUAAAUGGUGCUGAGUCUGGGCCGGGCAAUAAUAACAAUGGUUCUGCCUGCAACCGUGGCCCCCCUGGGGCUGCUGGUACCCCCGGUCCUCAGGGUCCUCCUGGAUUACCUGGGAUAGCAGGGCCUAAUGGGGAAAAGGGAGAAAUUGGAAGACCUGGGCAAAAGGGUCGGACAGGUCCUCCUGGACUUCCUGGGAAGCAGGGACCAACUGGAUGGCCAGGACCAAGUGGGCCCAAAGGUGAGAAAGGUGACUCGGGGCUGAUGGGAUUGCCUGGUGCCAGAGGACCAAUUGGGCCAAGGGGUUUACCUGGGUAUAAAGGGCAAAAGGGUUCUCAAGCUGAUCGUGGUGACAGUGGAGUGAAAGGUGACAAGGGUGCAAUGGGUUUCCCAGGAAUGCUUGGACAAAAAGGUGAAAUGGGUCCGAAAGGAGAACCUGGAAUCUCAGGAAACAGAGGACCCACUGGCCAACCAGGGAAGAGAGGCAAGCAGGGAAUUAAAGGUGACCCAGGCAGUAUUGGUCCCAUGGGACCAGCAGGCCCGCAGGGGCCUCCAGGCCAUCCUGGUUCUCCUGGUUCUUCUACCACAGGUCUUUACAUGGUUGGAGCAAAGGGUGCACGUGGUCCACCAGGGCCUCCUGGAAAGUGUAGCUGCAGCUCUCUCACUAGUUCUCCAUUUGAUGAUUAUCCUUCCAGAGGGAACUAUCCCAAAGUACCAGUGAUAUUCAUUGUGAACAGUGAUGAAGAGCUGGAGCGCCUUCGCACAGAUAACGCUCUCGCAUUCCGCAAAGACCAGAGAUCUCUUUAUUUCAAAGACACUGAUGGUUGGCUGCCCAUCCAGACUUUUCCAUUCCAGAUGAGUCCAUUCCAGUCCAUGGAAAAUGCACCUGAUGAUGGCUACUGUGGUGAUGGGAUAUGGCAGAUUUCCCGUGGGGAGGAGUGUGAUGACGGGAACGGAGUCGUCACUGACGCAUGCGUCAGUAAGUCACCUGUCCGUGUUACAAGUGUAAACAUGCCUACUGUGGAGAUGGAUACCGCUAUGAGGGAGUGGAGGAGUGUGAUGGAAAAGACUUUGGAUACCAGACAUGUAAUUCAUAUCUUCCAGGGUCAUAUGGCCACCUUAAGUGCACACCAUACUGUGUUAUUGACUCCACAAACUGCAAGUACUUCACAUGAGAAGGAAGCUGGGCAAUGCAGCAGGAUCUUCUGUGCGUUGUUUGCUUCGCAGAUACCAGGAAUAUGCAAAGAAAAAAAAAAAAAAAAAAAAAAAAAAAAAAAAAAAGCUCCAAGCAAGAGACUCUGGAGGAAGAGGAAGGCGAUGAUUUAAAAGAACAUAUAAUUCGUCUGUACUGCUGCUGAAAUGCCACGUAGCUCCUAAGAGUCAGUCAAUGGAAACCUUCACCUACACAUAUGAAAUGCACAGGACGACUUAGGAUUGGCCUCAUCACCACGCCCGACUGGACUGGAACAGCUGCGUGACAGCCAUGCAAAGACUUAAGUGCCAGUAAGAGAUGCUGCAGAGGAGCUGGGCCUGGGCUGUAUUAAUUACCCAAUUUACCCAGAAACUGUUAAGAGAGCCAGUAGGACAACCAGAUCCGCAGCCCCGGGUACUCUUCUGCAGCAUAAGUGACAGUGCACAACAUUUGCAUGAGGCUUUGAUUACUAAUCCCAGCUGUUACUCAGUCAUGUAGCCUUUGUAUUAUUGCCACAACAAGAUUCGUACUGUAUACUUUCACUAUCACAUCAGUUUCAUUUGUAUUGAUAAAACCAGACAAGCAUUAAGGUCAACGUGUAGGUUAGGGAUGGCGCUACAAGUGGAUAUGGUGCCUGAAUUAUGCACUUGUAAUAUUUCAGUGAGACUGUUAUACCAGGAGGCCACACUUGAAGUCUCCCAGCUCCUGGGACUCUUCAAAGGCUGACUUCACUUUAUUAGCUUGUGGUGGUACUGCCUACUUGACAGGGACAUCCAGAGUCUGGACAAGGUUUCAGAAAUUCAAAAACUUCUCAGGAACCAACAGGUAAUGUAGCUCCACACUGCUGGAACAGGCGUCCUCCACUAAUCUCUAAAUGACAGUGACUGUACACUGAGGCACACAGGUAAAACGUGCACUCCGGUAGGUUUGAUCCAGUUGCUUCCCUGUGCUUCGAUGAGAAACUAAAUCUACUGUUUGUGAAGGCUUGAAACUGUUAUGUUCUUAAUUUUCUCACUGCACAGAAAAGGCUGGGAUAGUCUGUAGCUGCUAAAGGGGGAGGAAUUUCAAUUCCAGUCUGUUCUAUGAUCAUUACUGUAUUUACUCUAAUACCUCUCUAUUCAGUCUUUGUCUUACACUAUAUACAGCAACAGAGAAACUCAGCAGUAAACUUAGUGUAGAUGUAGUCCGCUGUGCGUUGGGCACCAGCGAGGAAACUGUCGAUAUAAGCUGACAUGUUCCAUAAGCUACUGUACAAGUCGCAGUGCCAAGGGAGACCUUUUCUCAGCCAUACUUAGAUGUAGUCAGGUGUUACAAAGCGAUUCUUCUGUAAAAGCAAUCGCAAGAUAAACUGUUGUAUAGUUGUCUGCAUGCUUGUGAUACUGUGCUAAUGAGUGUUAAACACUUCCAUUGUGUCAAACAUCAUUCUGUAAAUUAUGACAUUCAUCAGCAUAGCAGGUGUCUUAACAAAAGGCAAGUGUAGCGACAGUGAGUACAAUGUGUAUGACACACCCGAUAGUGAUGAAUUGGGCCGUGCACAAAGCUGAAAAACAUUGACUGUGGCCUGUGCUGUAUCCUGUACUGUGUAUGCACAACAAUGCUGAAACAAAGACAUGCAUGUGGUAACGUACUGUUAAGGCAUUUUGAAAUGUAUUGAUUGCAAUAGUGAAAGUUCAUUUUGUUUCAUUCUGAUAUGAUUUAUAUAGU